CCCACCCUCUCUCUUUCUUUUUAAACCGCAACUGACUCUAGUCAAGUGGGAGAGAAGAUGCAGACGUUUCUAAAAGGGAAAAGGGUCGGCUAUUGGCUGAGUGAGAAGAAAAUCAAGAAGCUGAAUUUCCAGGCGUUUGCAGAGCUUUGCAGGAAAAGAGGGAUAGAAGUCAUACAGCUUGACCUUACCAAACCAAUAGAAGAUCAGGGUCCAUUAGAUGUGAUCAUACAUAAACUGACAGAUGUCAUCAUUGAAGCUGACCAAAAUGACAGCCAGUCUCUGGAGUUGGUUCACAGGUUCCAGGAGUAUAUUGAUGCUCAUCCUGAAACCAUCAUUCUGGAUCCUCUUCCUGCUAUCAGGACACUGCUGGACCGAUCAAAGUCUUAUGAGCUUAUUCGACAAAUAGAAGCCUAUAUGCAAGAUGAGAGAAUCUGUUCUCCACCAUUUAUGGAGCUGACAAAUGCAUGUGGAGGAGACAUCUUGCAGAAAAUAGAGAAGAAUGGAAUAGCAUUCCCAUUCAUUUGUAAGACCAGAGUGGCCCAUGGAACCAACUCUCAUGAGAUGGCUAUCAUAUUCAACCAGGAAGGCCUGAAGGCCAUCCAGCCCCCAUGUGUGAUUCAGAGCUUCAUCAGCCACAACGCCGUCCUAUACAAAGUCUUUGUAGUUGGCGAAUCAUACACUGUAGUGAAGAGACCUUCUCUAAAGAACUUCUCAGCAGGAAUUUCAGAUAGAGAAUCAAUAUUUUUUAACAGCCACAACGUAUCAAAGCCAGAAUCAUCUUCAGUCCUAACAGCACUUGAUAAAAUUGAAGGCGUGUUUGAGAGGCCAAAUGAUGAUGUCAUCCGGGCGAUAUCGAAAACACUGAGGCAGGCCUUGGGGGUUUCUCUCUUUGGGAUCGACAUAAUCAUUAACAAUCAGACUGGUCAGCAUGCUGUCAUUGAUAUCAAUGCAUUCCCAGGCUAUGAGGGUGUCUCAGAGUUCUUCACAGAUCUCCUGAACCACAUAGCUACUGUCCUACAGGGGCAAGCACCAGAGGUGUCCCAGCUGAACUGUAGCAAGCACCUGGCUGAACAAACCAGUAGUCUCGUGGGGGAGCGGACAUGCUGUGCGAACACAGGCUGCCGGAGCGUGAUGGGCAAAGACUCCUGGAUUGUGGAGAGUGAGAACAGCAGCUCGGUGAAGCUUCAGCACCAGAGAUUAGGCUGCAACUCUGCGGUGUCUCCUAGCUUUCAGCAACACUGCGUAGCCACAUUGGCAACAAAAGCUUCUUCUCAAUAACGCACUCAGCCCCACAAACUUAGAAAAAACUGUAGGUCCCAGGAUCAUGGCAGGCUGGAUGGUGAAUGAAACUCCCCAAAAAAGAAAGAAAAAAGAAAUGGAAACCUCUCUUGUUUCAACAUGAUUUUGAAAAGGAAAACAGAAUUAGUAAUCUGGGUCCACUUCAUCAGAUUCCUAUAGUGCAGAUCUGUAGUGAGUGUACACAUGCGUGUGUGUGCGUGCGUGCAUGUGUCUUUUUAAACACUAGAACUUAAUGUGGGAGAGUGAGAUUUGUGGUGGUGUUUCCCCUUUUUCCUAUGUAAUCAUUAGUGACCAGAAUUUAAAGAAUGAACUUUGCAGACUUGGUAGGGUUGUGUCUGAAAAUUUGCACACUUGAAUUCGACAGCCCUUCUUGCUCCUUCCCAGCGCACUCCAAAGAGUAAAGCAAAAGUGCCCAGAACACAUCCAUUUAUUGUGCGCUUCAAGCCUUCCUGACUAGGCCAAAGCCUGCAGGUUUAGAUUUGGUGUUCUUUACUUUGAUUGGAUGGACCUAAUCAGUAGGGCCAGUUUUGAGUCAUUGUCAUUGUCAUCCCCCCACAAGCAAAGUAUGUACUCAGUUGCUUGUCUGCCAGUCAGCAAAAACAGAGUCCUGUUUUGUUUCUCAAUGGCUGUAGGUUGACACAACACUACCAUUGAUCUUGUUUCUGCAAUAUCAUGGUUCUCAGUGGUGUCAUAAGAGUAACCUGUUCUUUUCAACAACCAGGCCUUUCCCCCUGAAUAGUUCUGCUGCUUUGGCAAUCCAGGCAUUGCAAGCGUCAGCUAGGAUUGUGACUGCUCCUUCCAUGACUCAUUUUGCUCAAAACUUGUCAGGGCUUUCUAUAUAAUAGUAUACAAAAGUGCAGCAACUUUUUACACUACUGCCCCAUCCCUCCUUCCUGUUGGCUCUUUGGGAUAAUGUUCAUGAAGGCCACAUGCAUAAUCUGUUGCCUCUUGUGCAGCCUGGCUGUACCUAAAGACCCAAUAACAAAAGUAAAAUGCACCUUCACUCUAUUCUUCAACCCAGCAACGUCUUCUGCCAAGUCUUUGUACAUCCUUGGCCAGUUCCAAAUAUUAUACAAAAGCUAACUUAGCUAGGUUUUCAGGAUUUGGGGAAUGGUUUGUUAAUGAGACAGUGAGGCUGUUCACACAAGCAACCCUACCCAAGCUUGGGCAGCCAUACCCAGGUAGGGCUACUCGUGUGAAGCGCCGGGAUUAUGGACGAUCCCGGCGCUACCUCGCCGGGUAGCCCAGAUAUUUUUCCUGGGCUUUUACCUGGGUAAAAGGGUGCGAGCAUGCCCUUUUAUCCAGGUCCCCAGUCAGGUGUCUGCUGAUCGUGUGAAUGACCGUACAGUGAAUACAUUUAAGGGCUUCCUCCUGUCUGGGACAAUUCAGCCCCUGAGUUGCUUAAGGAAAUGUUGUAAAAAAAAAAAAAAGACCCUUUUUAUUUUUAGAUACCAAUGGAGUGAUCAAACAUUUACAUGGUCUAGGGCUCAGCUUGCACACUUACCGGAAUGGGCCCUGUGUGCACAUGGUGAGGCAGUGUGAAUGUAUAUGCAUAAUGCAAUGUUUGAUUGCAUAGGCCAUACCUCUGCUCUUCCCUCCCUGCAUUGUUUUCUUUUUCUCUUCUUUUUUUUUUAAUGGGAAGGAGCACAUGAAUCUUGAAUGCACAUCGGAUGCAUCCCAGAUAACUGCAUAGCAUAGUAGAAGACAACUGAGUGCUUGUCCUCCCUCAACACUCUACAGAAGUCCCCUUUCUGCAAGGCUAUAAACUGACCUCACCAUAGUCGUGCUCCACUGAGGCCAAGUAUUUUUAUUUCCAUGGUAGGGAAAUAGAAGCUGGGCAGAGCUAGUGAAAAAUUGAGGGCAACAGAAAAAAGAAGGUGGGUGACCAGAGAUUAUUCAAAGACACAAGAAGCAUUCCUUGCCCUACCUCUAAGGGUAUAUUUUUGGUAGAACCUGUAACGGUAUGGUGGGAGAAAGUUAACCUUGUUAUAGUGCUUUUCAAAACCCUGCCUUAGAUCUCUACAGCAGGAAAUUGAUAUAAUUAGCCUUUUUAAAAAGGUUAUUUUUGCCUAGAAGUUUCCUAAGUUAGAUGAAAUCAAGUAUUCAUUUUGGAUUUCUGUAUCAUAUCGGGGUCACGAUGAUUCUCAGUGUCAAUUCUUCCCCCAUACUGACGGUUGCUGAGACAUCACAAUAAUUUCUAGGGAUUUGCAUGAACAUAUUUUACAAGCAUUCGGUGGGAAUAGAAAGUAGGUCAAACGUGGGUUUGUAAACCUCUUUGAUACACAGCCUCUUGUAAGUUCACAAUAUUAAAAAAUUGUAAUCAAACUUAUUUUUUAAAAUCCCUUUAAUCUUGAUUUUUAUAUGCAACACAAGCAAGAACUACACGUUACCCCAAGGAGUAGCAAGUACAGAAAAUAGCAGCCCUUUGUCGUCUCUAUGCCUCCCCUGUAACAUUUAGUAAGGCAAACCCCAUGAUGUUGUUGUGCUGUGUUCUCCCACUCCUGUUGUAUUUCAUUGACUGUCCCUUGCAUGAGUGGGAAAACUCACAACAGUAUGACAUUUUUCCAUACACCUUGAUGUAGUUUACAUCGCAGAGGCGAUCAAGAGGAAGGGAUGUGUCAGAGAUGCUGUUAGCAUCCUCUAGGGAAUGUGGCAGUACAGUACCAUAAUGGUAUCACUUGAUUUAUUACCCUUCUCCUUUUAUUGAAAUGGCAAUAUUAAAUUUGGACCAGGGGGUAAGUGAAAUAGAAGAUCAGAGAGCCUGCUUUAGUAAUGGGAGGCAUUUCAAAACUAACUAUGUUUACACAAAUCCAGUUAUUGGAUCCAGUUGCAGUGUCUUUAUGUUGUUUCCUGGUUUUAACAAUGAAUAAGAAUUUCAUUUCAUGGCUGCCUUCUAAAUUUUGGUUGGCCUAUUUUGCACUGCUUUAUUUCUCCAAAAUGAACUACUGAGAUAUAAUUGUGCAUUUUAUAUUUGUUUACGAAUUAUUAUUACUCAGUAUAUUAUGAAAAGUAUCUGAAGUCUUAACACAAAGCAAGUCUUUAAAAAUGUAAACCAUAUCUUGAUUAUUGCUAGAUGCAAACUUUAAUUCAUUAGCAAGAUAGUUGCUAGCUUAUUUUCCAUGCAGCUAUAACUAAUGCAUAUUCCUAGAUGACAGCAGUAUCACUUUUUCAUAUCCUGCAAAUAUUAUGUGACAAGGUGACAUUAAAACUGGGUUGACUAGCAAAUAUUUUGCAACUCUGGCAGAAAAGUAAUAUAUUUUCCUGUCAGUAUCUUGAGUCAAACCUUUCCUGGAAUACAAACCUGCUAAUUCAGAAAAGGUCCUAGGGAAAGCAGGGUGUAGAUUACAGUGCAUACAAGAUUAUCAAAAAGAAAGAAGGAAAGUUACAUUAGUGCAAAAUUGACUUCCUCAUCUUUGGGCUGUGGUUGCUCACAUUUGAUUCUAGAGAUGUUUUAGGGGUUUUCGCCCCUCUUGUGUGGAUGUCUUUCUGUCUGAACUUUAUCAUGUUGAAUGUUCUCAGAUUUUGAUAUGUACAGUACUCCUUGCCUGGGGUGACAACAGUUGUACAUUUUUCUGACCUGUGGUUAGCCUUCAGAAAAUGUUCUGUGGAUUUUUGGUGUGGCUCAGUUCAAAUUGAGAAAAUGCAACUGUGGUGAAUUGGAUAGUACCUGAACUAUCACCACCAACUUCACCACACAGGCAAAAUCACUGAAGUGGUUUUUGCUACUUUUAAAAAUAUUUAUUAAUUAUAGGCUGGGAGUGUUAAAUCAGAUAUGCACAAUAAAUAUAUAUGUGCUGCUUCUGGUCUGGAGGAAAGCAGAGCUAUCUUCUGAUGAUUUAUUGUGAGGCAAGACUGACAAUCACCCUUGGCAUAGGAAACAACUCACUGACCUUUUGUCUAAGCCUCUAGUGUGCAAGUUUAACAUCAGUUGCAAAGAAUCCUUUUUGUUCACCCUCAGAAUGCUCUCUCUAUCUUCACCUGUAAAGCUAUUUAUGCCAAGCUGCCUAUUUCCAGUUAACACACUUAAAAUAAGACCAUUUUUUAAAAAAUUCACUUGGCUGCUUCAUUACCAGAAAGAGGUACUUUGCACAUCCUCUUGUGUGGUGGGGUGCAUCUGCAUACCAAAAUCCAGAGAACGUUAUAAACACAUGAAGCUGCCCUUUAAAUGCACAUUUGUAUGUGGAAUGUGCUUGACAGAAAUGUUCAGAUAAGAGUUGAGAAGGUGUGGAAAGUCUUUUGGUCUCGGCUUAUAAAUGCUGUUUGAAACCUCACUAGAUUGCCCUGUUGAAUCUUACACAAAAGCUGGAGAGGGGUUACCUUUUUCAGGAGUGAAAGACUGAAAGAUUCUGCGGGCAGCUUGUCCAAACUGCAAGGGAUUGUCUUUCAAGAGGUAGCUAAUGUUGGGCAUCUCUUGUUUUUUAAUCUGUAGAAAAGAUGCUUAUUGUUUCAGGGCUGAUCCUGUGUCAGUCAGAGAAAUACUGGUGGCACAGAGAUAUGAAGCUGAAAUAAUUAAGAUUCAUCCAAUUUCAGGUUAAUUUUAAAAUACUACAACAGGUUCUUUUAAUAUUUGUUGUUUUAAAUUCUUUGUCAUAAUUUAAUGGAAACUAAUAAUGGAGAAUAAUAAUAAAGAACCCAGACACCUGCGUUUUAAAUGUAAGAAACAAGCAACUAGAAUACGCAUUCUAUAUCAGCUAGAGGAUAAAAUGCAAACCAUUGGCUAUUGCUUGCAUAUACUAACACCUUCUUUUUUCUUUAAUCAAACGCAAACUUCUCAAUGCUUGGGCAAACAUUUGUUGUACCAGUAGUUUAAGUUGCAGCAGGAUAAAGCUAUUGUUUUUUCUCUAUUGAACUAGCUGGCAGGCUUUAGGACUCUUCCAGAUGGUAGCCUCCCAUGUUUUCAUGUUAAACCAGAGGUAGAAUAGAAAUCAAGCUGGCAUCUUGCAAAACCUUUGCUUCUCAGACUCAUAACACACCCAGUUGUGAUGCUGGCCUGGCAAUUGUGAACAAGUAGUGGGCAAGCAUGCAUUAGAUCUUGAGCGUAUGUCGUUUGGGAAGUUUCAAACCCCACUUGACCAAAAUCCGCACCUCAUUCAGAAGUGUCAUAUCGACGCAUCAUUUGGCUCUCCUGUCUGUUCUGAAAACUCUUUCUUUCUAGCAGAAAAUUAAAAUCUGUUCCCCUCAUAGUGAAUGUAGCCACAAAAUCUGUUCCCCUCAUAGUGAAUGGAGCCACUGGCACAACUAUAGUCACUCUGCCUGUGUUUAAAUGAGCAAAGAUUCUUACUCUUUCUUAGUACCUGCUGUAACACUGUUGUAACCUAUUUAUGUAAAUUAUUCAUGGCACUGAGCUGUACUUUUAAAAAGAAGAAGAAAACAAUUGGAGCUGGGUAAAAAUAUUUUAAUAUAUCUGAAUUGAUCACUAUGAUCUUAGACUUAAAAUCACAAGGGUCUACCUCUUUUAGCUACCCCUCUUUCUUUUUGUACCUAAGGUGAAUUGUGAGAUCUUGAGCCUGGUUAUCAGUAAAUUUAAAAUGCAUCAAAUUUGCAUAUGAUAAAAAACAAUAGUUGUAAAUAAGAAGUUAUACUUUAUAUUUUGGUGAUAAAAGAAAUGUCAGGAUUCCAUUUAAUGUAUGAUCUGAGAAUGGUUUUGUUUGGAUAUAUGAAAGAGGAAGUGGUUUUGAGUUAUUUACCUUUUGACUGCAGCUAGGCUCUGUCUGGCCAAAGCCUGAGGAAAAAACCUAUUCCCCCAACCAUUUACAAAUUAUGUAUGGAGGAUGGUGUGUUUGGUCAAAUUAACUUAUUUUAAAAAGACAAAAGAAGAUCUAGUCAUACUGUAUUUUUAGAUAAUGCACUAAUGGUUCAUCGCAUCUGAGACCAUCUUACAAGAAGCAUUCUCCUUGGCCCAAGUGUAUGAGAGAAUGCCUCUUUAGAUGGCACUUGCCAUUGGGACACGUCUUUAGUUGAUCAAAAUGUUAAUUAAUUGGUUAAUAUAAUCAAUGAACUGCCUAAGUUUUUCAGCCCUAAUUAAAACUCAGUUUUCAUGAGGAUUCCCUCUCCCCAUGGGCAGAAAUUGAGUAAUGCAAAAUCUUUAGCAUAAACUGAGCAUUGCUAAUUACUUCCAAACAUCAAGUUUUUAAACUAACCACUUGUUGAUGUCUUCCUUGACUUACAUGGGUAUGAAAAAAUCCAUUCAGAAUAAUCCAGUUUUCAGCAACUAUAUAGAACCUUUCUUUCCCUUACUGUCCCAGUGAAUUCACCAGUCUGCAUACCGUUCAGUUACCUGUGGGUGGUUACCAUACUGCCCACAUUGGUGCAAUGAUUUUUUUUUAAAUUGUUCUGGAGUUGCACAAGAGCACAGUUCUGCAAUUGCCUAAAAUUGUAAAACACUAAGGCCAUUAUUUCCAGUGACCAUAUUGUCAUACAAUUAUGUAUCCAUAAUGUUAGGCAUUUGCAGAACUGUUCUCUUGUGUAACUCCAGUGGGAUUUAAAAAACAAACAAACCUGUUCCUGGACUGGACUGCAUGUUUGAGUGUUCCCUUAUGGAUGGCGGGAUAUCUGCGCAUAAACAUCUAGAAUAUCUAGGAGAAGGCUAGGUUGCAAUCCUUUUUCCUGACACCUUUUUCUAUUUGCAUGGAGUGUGUGUGAAAGUAUGUAUGCAUACAUAUGCACAAUAAAGUCAAACCCUGCCUGCAGUCUCAAAUGGUACAGUCCAGGCAAAACAGCAGAGUUGUGUGGCACCUCAAAGACGAAUACAUUGUAGCAUACAGUAAACCACCUCGUACUUCAGCGCACUUUCAGAUAUAAAUCUGUUUUCCUUGUGAACUGCUGUUUGUAUAUACCAGGUCUAACUCAAUCUAGUAUCUUGCUCUGGCUACUUGAAAAAUGGGUUCUGACUGUACUGUUCAGUUUAUUUAAGUAGAAGGGACCACAAAAAACAAAAAUCUUAAUUCCUAAUGAGUAAAGCUGGUUUGGGCUGGGGUAGAGGGAAUCGUGUCUUCCUUUCUGCAAACUAACCUACUCCACGUUAACAUUAAAGUUAUCUUCCGUUGUCUGCACAUUAACUUCCUAAUACAACAUUUCAGCGUGUUGAAGAGAUAUAUGUAGUAUUUAAACAUUGCAAAUAUGUAAGUAUAAAAUAGUAAGAUUUCUAUAUUUCAGAUCGUAUGCAGCUCUUCAGAAUGAUAGAGAAGUCUUUUAUCUCUUGUGUGUAAAAAAAAAAGUCAGUGCUGUAAAAAAAAUCGUAGUAGAUGUAUUUUUUUAAUUAUUUAUUUCUUUAGAUCCCCUUUCUAAGUGUUUUUACAUGGCCUUUAUGCAUCUUUCUAAACAGGAUCCCAAUAACAUCCCCACAAACUGAAUUUGGUGUCUUUAUUAGUAACUAAGGAUUGUAAAUCUUUAUCACAUGAUGGAAUUGAGAAUUGUUUCUUUGAUUUUUAAGGCAUGCUUAACAUUUACUGUCCCCAGCAAAAAGCUCAGCCCGUUAGGGACCAUUUUCUUGCUCAUGCCAAGUUUGCAGGAGUCCGUUAAUGUCCAUCCGUGACCCUCUGCCACUUAUAUCGUAUUAGCAAGUGUGAGUGUUGUGAUCAGUUUUCUAUUUAAUUUGUGUGUGUGUAUGUGUGUAUGCACACAAACACACACAUAAACGUGUGUGUGUGUGUGUGUGUGUGUGUGUGUGUGUGUGUGUGUGUGUGUGUAACUAUAUAAAUAAAUCUGGGGUUAUAUAAAAACCAAAAUAGAGCUCCUUGGCUUUUCGUAUGCAUGACAGACAUCCUUUUCAAUAAUAAUAUGGUGCUUCUCUUGCUUACUGUCAUUGAUUUUAGUAGUACCUUAUCCCAUUUUUGUCUUUAUUUGCCAAACACCUGUGACAGUCAAAUUUUGAUUUUUAACAGUAUAGUAAACUGCACUUAAAUAUCAUCUGUUGUUGUUGUUUCUGUGUCUGCUCUGGAGACAAAGUCGUCCCUUUCCAAACACAUGAUAAAAUAAAUGCCUUAUUACAACACCGUA